AUGUCCUUUUCUCUCGCCCUCGUCCUGACAAUCUUCCUCAUUAUCACGACCGGCCUCCGACUAUGGGUGCGAGCAGCGAACCGAAAGCUCGGCUGGGACGACUUGACCAUUGCUCUCGCAGGGGCAACGGCAAUCAUACGAUUUGCCUUCGUUGUCUUGCAGUGGAAACACGGAAACGGCAGACACCGAGUCUAUCUAAGCGACCAUGACUACAUGAUGAUCAACAUGUACGGCUGGUGGGGACAGAUGCUGCUUUUCAUCUCUGUGGCGUUUUUGAAGGUGUCAAUCUGUCUCCUGAUCCUUCGCAUCAAAGAUACCAAGGUGCUAAAGGGCUUGCUGCACGUCAUCAUGGCUGGUGUCCUCAUUACAAAUUUCGGGGUCGUGAUCAUUUUGAUAGCCGAGUGUCAGCCCGUUGGCUUUUGGAGGGGCAAGUCAGCCGUGUGCUGGCCAACACACAUCCGCAUUUACUUCAUCUAUGCGACAAUUGGUGUGGUCAACAUAUUGCGGAAACUCCAAGGCUUGGUUGCUGAUCAGAGGGCAUACUGCAUAGCCGGUAUCUGGUCAAACCUCGAACUGUUCCUGGGUAUCAUCGCCGCAAACCUCGCUCUAUCAAGGUCCAUUUACGUCCACUUCUUCAGCAACAGUAACGCGCAGCAGACACUUCCAGGGUCAACGGUCAGAUGUGACCCGUUGCAGUCGGUGUAUCUCAAUAGCAAACUCCGAGGUGACCGCUUUGAAGUGCCUUCGACGAUGAUUGGGUCACCUCGUCGAAGAGGGUCGGAGACGAGGAGCCUGGAUAGUGAUAUUCCGCUGAAACUAGGCAUCCAGAAGAAGACUGAAUUUUGGUGGACAGAGGACGAUGAAGGUCAACCGCAGAGACAGUCUUCGUGA